UUUUUUCUAGAUUUCUGUUUUUGUUUAUUUCUAUACUGUAAAUUAGUUCUAUACAUAUUUCUAUAUUUAUUUAAAAUUUUUUUCCUCAAUUCAUUCAUAUACCUUUGCUUCAUUUUGGUUUUAAUACAUUUUGAUAUUUGUCUUCAAGUUUUGGUUUUAAUACAUUUUGAUAUUUGUCUUCAAGUUUUGGUUUCAAUACAUUUUGAUAUUUGUCUUCAAGUUUUGGUUUUAAUACAUUUUGAUAUUUGUCUUCAAGUUUUGGUUUUAAUACAUUUUCAUAUUUGUCUUCAAGUUUUGGUUUUAAUACAUUUUGAUAUUUGUCUUCAAGUUUUGGUUUUAAUAUUGUUUCAUAUUGAGUAUGUAGUGUAG